GUUUGAGAUCUCCUUCCACAGUCCACAACCAUACCAUCAUCAGAUCUGCCACUAUCUUUUUCACAAAAAUCUUCACAAGAAAUCCCAAAAAUCUGUCUGUUAUUGAAAUUAUUUCACUGUUAAAUGUAACCUCUUCUGGUACAAGAAUGGCGCAGCAACAACACUACCUUCACCAACGUCCCAUACAAAAAAACCCAAUAUCCCUCCUCAGCCGUAACAGUCUCCUCCUACUUCUUUCUCUCCUCAUAAUCCUCGGCGUAUUCUUACCCUGGACAGGAUCUCCCUUAUUCCCCUCUCCAAACACAAUCUCUCCCUUUCAAUCCAAAUGGCGCGAAUAUUCCCUAUCUCAAGCAGUUAAAUUCGCAGCUAAAAACGGGACAGUGAUUGUCUGCGCAGUGAGUUAUCCUUACUUGCCUUUUCUCAACAACUGGCUGAUUAGUGUCUCGAGACAGAAGCAUCAGGACAAAGUACUCGUCAUAGCUGAGGAUUACGCUACUCUCUAUAAAGUUAACGAGAAGUGGCCUGGUCACGCUGUUCUCAUCCCUCCUGCGCUUGAUUCUCAGACAGCACACAAGUUUGGGUCUCAGGGCUUCUUCAAUUUCACAGCACGGAGGCCGCAACAUCUCUUGCAAAUUUUGGAGCUAGGUUACAGUGUUAUGUACAACGAUGUUGAUAUGGUCUGGCUCCAAGAUCCCUUCCUUUAUUUAAAAGGAAGACAUGAUGCUUACUUCGAGGAUGACAUGACUGAAAUUAAGCCCUUGGAUCACUCUCAUGAUUUACCACCUCCGGGUAAAAAAGGAAGGCCUUAUAUAUGUAGCUGCAUGAUUUUCUUGCGUCCCACUGAUGGGGCAAAGCUUCUGAUGAAGAAAUGGAUUGAAGAACUUCAAGACCAACCUUGGUCCAGAGCAAAGAAAGCAAACGAUCAGCCUGCUUUUAACUGGGCUCUUAUGAAAACAUCUCAUCAGGUUGAUCUCUACUUGCUUCCUCAGGCAGCAUUCCCAACAGGAGGAUUGUACUUCAAGAACAAGACAUGGGUUAAGGAGACAAAGGGGAAACAUGUGAUAAUCCACAAUAACUACAUUUUGGGUUUCGAGAAGAAGACCAAACGUUUCCGUGACUAUGGUCUAUGGUUAGUGGACGAUCAUGCUCUUGAGUCCCCAUUAGGAAAAUUAGAGUAAAUUCAACAAUAUUGUUUUGCUCGCUCUCUCGCUCCACAUUUUUCUUCUUAUUUGGAAUUUUCAGGGUGCACAAAGAAAGAAUAUCCACUUGAGUAGUUUGUUAGGAGUCUUUUAAAAGUUAUAUGAGAAUGUGCUAUAUUAGCCAAUUUAAUAUGACUCUGAGUCUGGCAUUUCUGUGAUGACUUCAUUCAAAUCAUAUUGAGUUCACA